AGGAGGGCGAGGAGUGCUUUAGUUUUCUUGGUCAUACUCUCUUUCUUUGUUGUUGUGUAUUUUGUAAGAAAAAGAGACACGUUUCUAAGCCUGAGAAAAGUUUAUUUUAUUCAAAGUUAACGGUGACGGCCCGAGGUUUAAACGCACGCGGGAGCUGUUUCAGGGUGCUAACAUUAACGUCUCCAGGUUUUAAACGAAGCAGUAAGACUGUGAUGUUACGUGUUCUUAGUUUUUUAUGAGUGAAAUGAGGAAGGAGCAUGUACUUUUUUCAUCAAACAGCAAGAGGUUGUUUACAAAAGGAGACAAGAGGGUAAUGACACACUGCUAGCACAAGGAAUUGGAUUAAGAUAUAAAGGAAAAGUUUCAGCCAUAAACCUCGUGGCUGUCCUGUUUUUACUCAUCAUUUCUGGAUUAAUUGGGAACAGAUUCCUGGGUUUUCCUGUCCUUUUUGUGAGGAAAUUCCUGAUGCAUUAAUCAAUGGAGAACUGAGGGUGAGCUGACACUUGCUCCCCUCUCAGCAUGCUGGCUCUGAGGCUGGAGCAGGACAGGCGAGGGGGUGGUGAGGUGGAUCGCCUGCAGAAAGGGGCCACCGUGGCUUGGCAGGGUCGCCAGUCAGGGAGGCCCCGUUCGCAAGAGCGCCGCCUCAACAUCAGGGAGAAGAUUUCCCAGUGGGAAGGUCGCAGUCAGCAGAGCAGCCAGGAUGCCGGGGUCAAAGUACACCCACCGACUGUAUCCCGGAGUCUGUCUGGGGAUGUUCUAGGCAACGGGUGCUCUGAUGAGGGGUCAAGAGGGGGGCCUCACGCUAAAGCAAGCCUCUCAAAAGCUAAGAGCUUGGAUUUUCGGGAAUCCCCACCACCAGCGGGACAGACUGCUGUUGGUAGGAAGUCUGAGCCUUUGCAGAAAUGCUCAGCAGAACUUUCAACCCCAGGAAAUAAACCUUCAGUUCCACAAAAAAAGUUUGAGUCUCCCAAAGUAGAGGCUAACACAGCUAACUCUACAGUGAAACAAAUCUAUACAGCUAAUGGUAACCACAAAACACAGCGGAUCUUGGACAUUGAAGUAGUUCCUAAACCUCUACCUCCAUCAACUGAUGACCAAGACGACAACAUGCCUGCUGGAAACUUCUACACAUCACGGGGUUUCUGGCGUAAGCUGGAGGGGGACAGACUGCUCUGGGAGAAAGGCAGGGAGUCAUCAGGUGAACCACAGCCUCCUCCCAAACCUCAGCGGACAUUCCAGUAUCAGGGAUCCAAAAACAACAACAACACGAGGCACACAAUACGCUGGGACAACAGAUCCGCCCAAAACGACAUCUCGAAUGUGAGAAAAAGGAGCAGGAGGGUCGCUCAACCACCCAACUUUCCACCUCCUCCAUGUCCAGGAGCAACAACCAAUGGGCUAUCAAGACAUAAAAAGAACAGGAAGUCUUUUGAGUACGAGGAUGCUGCGCGUCUGACGGCGAAGAAUGGCACGCUGAAAGAGGAUGCCAGGAACUCAGGCCUUUACCACGCCUACUCUGAUGACAAUAUCUAUGAGGACAUUGUUUGUGACGUGACGAGAGAUAAUCCCUAUGAGGAUGUCAAGCUGUCUCCGAUGUGUCUCCCUAUUUCACGACCUCAGCUCCCAAAGCUGCCUCCUAAACCCCAAACACUACAAGGAUAUGCUGGAAAAGUCGAUAAGAAGAAAUUCCAAACCAUGACACCAUCCAAAUCUACGACCCUGGCAGAAACUCCUAAACCAGCUACAGCCAGACAUCUAAGCACUCAGAAAACACAGAGGCUGCCUCAGUACGUCAACAAGAUUGAGACCAUCUUUGACGACAAGCGAGGGAGGAAGAGAGUAAGGAACCAGGGAUUUUCAGUGCGAGAGGAGACCAGCGGGACGGAGAGCGAUCCUGAGGACAACAGAAAAGCAGGCUCCAGAAGAUCAGUUUACAAACAGUCUACACUGAAACGUCGACCAGGCUACCGCACCCUGGAGAGAGAUCUGAUCCAGCUGCAGCAGCAGCAGCUCUUCCAGAUCUUUGUGGUCGUGUCGCUGAGAAAAGGCUCCACGGGAAACACCUACUCCCCUGAAAUCACACAGCAGUUCCCCAAAAUGUUUGAAAAGUCAUCCCGUCUUUCCAGAGAGGCAGAAGACCAGCUGAAGGUUAUUCCUAAAUUCUGCUUCCCUGACUCACAGGACUGGAAGCCUUCUGCACACAUGCCAAGUGAGACUUUUUCCUUCGUCCUGACUGGAGAAGACGGCAGCCGCUGGUUUUGUUACUGCCGUAAGAUUCUGCCCAGUGGAAAAGGGAAGAGGCUCCCCGAGGUGCACUGCAUUGUCAGCAAACUGGGCUGUUUCAACCUGUUUGCCAAGAUUUUGGAGGAGGUGGAGAGGAGGCGGGAGAUUUCUCCAGCGCUGGUUUAUCCGUUUAUGCGUAGCGUGAUGGAGGCCCCGUUCCCAGCCCCUGGACGCACAGUCACCGUGAAGAGCUUCCUCCCCGGCUCAGGGAAUGAGGUUUUGACUUUAUGUCGGCCAGUGGACUCCAGACUGGAACAUGUGGACUUUGACAGUUUGCUGCAGUGUCUCAGCGUCGGGAAACUCCUGCAGGUUUUCGCCUCCAUUCUGCUAGAGAGGAGGGUCAUCUUUGUCGCUGACAAACUCAGUGUGUUGUCUCGGUGUGCCCAUGCAGUGCUGGCGCUGCUCUACCCCUUCACCUGGCAGCACACCUUUAUACCUGUACUACCAGCCAGCAUGCUGGAUAUUAGCUGCUCCCCCACCCCGUUCCUCAUUGGGGUGCUGGCACAGUGUCUACCAGAGGUGCUAGAGCUGCCCAUCGAAGAGGUGCUCAUAGUGGAUCUGUGUGCAGACAAGUUUGUCAUUCAGCUUGGUGAUGAAGACUGCAUCCUGCCCAGUAAACUACAGGCAGCGCUGCAGCAGAUCCUGGAGGAGAGAGAAGAAAUCUUAAGACAAGAGGAUGGAGACAGAAGUGGAGGUCAGCAGGCUGACUUGAGCUCUCUGGUGUCGGAGGGUUUCGUGCGGUUCUUUGUGGAGCUGGUGGGUCACUAUCCUCUCCACAUGGUCGAGUCUUCAAACGGGAGCAGGGAGCUGCAGCGUGACAGCUUCCGCAAAUCUCACCCAUCCCGGGGAGUUCGUCAGUUCCUGCAGCUCUUCAUGGAAACUCAGAUGUUUGCAGGAUUCAUUCAGGACAAAGAGCUUCGCAAGGGAGGAGGAAGAGGUCUGUUUGAGUUCAGAGUGGCCGAGUAUCUGGAUGCAGACCCUGAGCCAGAGCCGAGUGGAGUGAACAAGUUUCUUAAAGGACUGGGAAACAAGAUGAAGCUCCUACAAAUUAAGUGAAAAUCCCUGCAGCUCUAAAAGGAAAUACUUUGUGAUUAAAAACAGAACACCUGCUGCUGCUGGAGGAUCUGAAGGAGUGAAUGUGAGUAAGAUUCCUGCAUCCUGAUGUGAGCAGACCAGGAUGAGUUUGGAUCUUAGAGGACUGUGGUCAUCUCAUAGUUGUGUUUGCAAGUUUGAAAGCAGUGCACUUCUUAAUGGAGCAGAACUGGAAAAGAUUUUCCAUCAUUGUUUAACGAAGCCUCAAGAACGAAUCUGCAAAAGUAAAGACAUUCAUGAACCUCAGCCUGAUCAACGUGUGGAUGGACAUUCUUCUCAUUGUGUAUUAACAUGUUUACAUACUGUACAUGACUUUAGGUUUAGAUUUACUAAACAAUAUGUGCAUUUUAGUGAAAAUGCAACCUUUCCACAUUUCAAACUUGUAAAUAUUUUUAUAAAUAAUGUGCAUGGAUCCAACCUGAUGCAUGUUGAUUCUUUACAUUUUAAUGUAAAUUCCACUUUAUGUUGCAUUCCCCUGCACAAUCUGUAAAAAUACAUUGUUUACUAUUUUCUUAAACCUAUCCAGAGUGUUAAACUCUGGGUUAAGUGUAAAAGAAAAUUUACAUUUUGAGAAAAUUAAGUAAUCUCUUCUGUCAGUGACUUUUUUGUUAACUGGAGUUGUAAAUAUGAUUUUAUGUUUUGCACAGUUGAGAACCAGUGUACAGUAUUUGGAGUAUUUUUGUACUAAAGCAUGAUGUGUCAUACAUGUGCUACUUUAUAAAUAAAUUGGUUCCUGGGAGCAGAAUUUAAUGAGUCAAUUAAGUUAUUUAAACUCAAAUUGCUUAAACACAGCUCCAUACCUUGAGUCGCUUAAAGAAAGUACACGAAUUGUUAAAUUAAGACGGGAAACAGAGGUCAUCAGGACAGUUUCACAGCAACAAUGGGAAGAAAUUUCCAACCACUACUGGAACAUAAGCAGCUUGCCAUCAUGGAGAGAAAUUUCUUGGAAAAAUGGGAUGUGCUAUUUCUGUACUUCUGUGCAAAAGAA